AUGGCUCCUCGUCCGCUGCACGGACUGCUUCCGGUGGUGGCUGUGCUCUGGACCGGAGGCCUUCUCUUCUGUCAACCGAGGGCAUCGCUGCCCACGGUAGCACGGAGGAAGCCUUGGUCGCGCCUCCGACCGAGAGGGCGCUGCGCUGGCGCAGAGUUCUCCGAGGACGAGGCCGAAGAUGAGGUGCCGGGUGGCAUUUCUUGGCUGCCCCCACUGAACAUUUCAGCGCCGGAUGAAACGACGGAGGGCCGCGUUCUGCCCCUCUUUCCUCUAGGAGGUGCCUACUUCCCCUUUGCGCAGCCGGAGCUGAGCAUCUUUGAGCCGAGGUAUCGGCAGCUCUACAACGACAUCUUGGUCUCUGGUGGCCGGAGCUUUGUGGUUGUAGCCCCGUCGCCGGAGGACGAGAACGUUUUCGCGGAGGUCGGCGUGGUCUUCUACCUGGAUGAUCUCACAGACGUGUCUGAGGAGUCCGAGGAUGCCGUGAAGUACAUCUGCAACCACCGCAUCCUGGGCCGCGUUCGCAUCCUCCGGGUCCUGAACCCGGGUGCCUGGGAGGACCAGUCAACCUACCUCUUGGCGGAGGUUGAAGACUUCAAGGACGUAGAGCUUGCGUCUGACACCAAUACGGCGGCCAAACAGGCGGAGGUGAUGUCGGCUUUGAGUCGCGUGGCGCAGCGGCAGGAGGAGGGUGGCGGCCCGCACUUUGAAAGCCAUAUCUCUGACUACGCCAACGCCUCGUGCGCGCAAGAGGGCGGCCUCUGGACUUUGGCCGACGUCUUCGCCGAGUACUACGAAUAUUUGCUGUCCGAGAAGGAGCAGACUUUGGACUUCGAGAUGGAGCAGGUGUACGAGCGGUACAGCCUGGAGGAGGAAGGCGAUGAUCGCCAGACCUACAGUUUGGCAAGCGAGGACGACGAUGACGACGACGACUUCGAGUAUGAGGAGAUAGACAUCAUGGAGCUUCCUGGCCCCGCACGCCGGGAGAUCGCAAGGCUGCAGAACCAGUAUGAGGAGGAGGCAGCUUUGCUAAAUGCAGAUCUCAUGCACUUUGUGCACUCCAUGUUGCAGUCUACCUCGCACCGACAGCGGCUGGAGAUCAUGCAAGAGGCGCUUCUCCUGGAGGAGAGGCGGUUGGCAGCAAGGAAGGCCCUGGAGGAGGCGAAGGAGGCGAACUGUGAGCGACAAAGAUCUCCCUGGAGUGUGUCUUGUUUUCAGCUGUCGCCGCAAUGGAAUCUCCACUAUGCUGGCCGAAUACGCUUCAUAGUCAGGGAUGCGGACGGCGAGAGCAGGUGUCUUCGCCCUCAUUUGGAUCCUGUGCCCCUCACCCCUGCCGUCGUGGUGUUGGAGGCGCACCACGGGUGUCGCACUUGCCUGAAGCAUCCGGUCUUCGCGGCAGGCGAGCGUUGGAAGCGUCUUGCAACCAUUGGCAGCCCGGAGUCUGCAUCCUGGAUUUUGGAUGCAGUGGAGGUGGAGAAGCGUCUGCGUGAGGAGGUGGAGGAGCUGUUGCUCAUCAGCAUGCUUUGCAUUGGACGCAAGUCGAAGCAAGUACGAUCAGGCGGAGGCCCGAAAGGCGCGGGGGGCGGAUGGGUGAACUGGAGUGACCUUGCUGUGCAGCGAAGUGCAGCUCACGGUCGCAAGAACUCUGAAGAGUCGCUUGGCUCUCCUGCGCUGCUCUGUGGGGCUUUUGCCUGUCUCCAAGGACAGAGCCGCUUGAGGCGAACGGGCCUCGCAGCAGUCUCUUGGAAAUUGAAGCUGAAGGUGUGGAAGGCCCGGGUAAUGCGCUACGUUCAUUGGCACUCACGGAGAGCCUUGGAGGGUACGGAGGUCCCGGACUUGGAUCUCAAUGUGCUGCCGCCGGUGCUGCCGAAGCGGACGGGUAACAGCCAUCCUGCCAGCGUCACGAAGAAGGUGUGGCGGAAAAUUGUGUACUGGGCUAAGAUCCGGGAUAAGAUGAGCAAUCGGCUCAGUUACCUGCACUCGGACGACUGCGAGAAGAUGAAGGUGGUCGUCAUGGGCGGUGGCGCGUUUGGCACUGCCAUGGCGGCCCACGUGGCUCGCAAGGGCCACAUGGUUACCAUGAUUGUCCGCAACAAAUCCGUGUGCAAGUUCAUCAACCGCAAGCAUAUCAAUCCGAGGUAUCUUUCGGAGUUCGAUUUGCCAAAGAACGUGGGUGCAACGACGGAUGCAGCUGAGGCCAUGGAAGGCUGCGAUGUGCUCAUCCAUGCUGUGCCAGUGCAAUCUUCCCGCGAGGCGCUGGGGGCCAUCCGGGAGCUAGUUCCCCCGGACAUUCCCGUGGUGGCAGUGUCCAAGGGCGUGGAGCUCGGGACCCGAAAGCUGAUGUGCGACGUCAUCCCCGAGGCGCUUGGCCGCGACGAAGCUGAGGGACAGGUUGUGGUGGUUUCAGGGCCCUCCUUUGCGCAGGAGAUUAUGGACCGCCGGCCAACCUCUGUGGUUGCCGCUUCCAGGAGCCCGGAUGCCGCCGAGAAGGUUUCCAGGUUGUUAACCUCCAAGUACUUCCGCGUGAGCAUGACCGAGGAUGUCCUUGGCGUUGAGGUCGCUGGGGCCCUAAAGAAUGUCCUGGCGAUCGCGGCGGGCAUUUGCGAGGGACUCGGCCUCGGAACCAACGCCAUGUCUGCUCUGGUGACGCAGGGCAACGCGGAGAUUCGGUGGUUGGCCACGGCUAUGGGAGCCCGGCCGGAGACGCUGGCUGGCCUUUCCGGGAUGGGGGACAUCCUCCUCACCUGCUUCGGGAGCCUAUCCCGAAACCGCACCGUGGGGGUGCGGCUGGGCAAAGGCGAACGAUUCGAGGUGCGCACGGCGUCUUGUUUUGUGAGACGAAGGUUUCAUCAUUUGGGGUUAAGGGCUUGA